AAUAUAUCCCUCUGCACAAUUGCAAAUAGCAUUGCCCUGAAGCAUACCUUCAAAAUCGGCGACGGCGGCAUACCUAUCAAAAACGGCGACGGUUCGGGUGGUAUUGCAGAGCGGAAGAUGCAGAAUGUGGAGAAGGGCCGUGGCAGUGAGGUUUGCUCCACAGAGGCGCUUCUCCUCCACAUCCGAAUCCGAAUUCCCAACCCUCUACUCCUUCCUCCAACCAUCACUUUUUUCUCUCAAACCAAUCCCUUCAGCACCACGGUCACCACACCCAACAUCUCCUAAACCCCUCCAGAGCCCUGCCCCAGAGGACCUAGAAUCCGCACUCCACACAUCCCUCUCUACCAACAACACUGAUGAAGCUUGGAAGUCUUUCAAGGCUCUCACUACCAAUUCCACCUUCCCAAGUAAGUCCCUCGCCAACUCCCUCAUUGCCCACCUGGCUUCUCUCCAUGACCUCUAUAAUCUCAAGAGGGCUUUUGCUUCUGCUGUAUUUUUGCUGGAGAAAAACCCCAGUUUGUUGGAUUUUGGGACUGUUCGAACCCUUUUGGGUUCCAUGAAUUCUGCUAAUACCGCUGCUCCUGCUUUUGCUUUGAUCAAUUGUAUGUUCAAGAAUAGGUAUUUCAUGCCUUUCUCUAUGUGGGGUGGUGUUAUUGUUGAGAUUACGCGAAGGAAUCGUAGCUUUGUUGCGUUUUUACGUGUUUUUAAUGAGACUUGUAGGAUUGCAAUUGAUGAGAAGUUGGAAUCUAUGAAACCUGACUUGGAUGCCUGCAAUGUGGCGUUGGAGGGGUGCAGUCAGGAUCUUGAAUCUGUGAGCGAGGCUGAGAAGGUUGUGGAGAUGAUGUCGGUUUUGGGUAUCCAGCCUGAUGAAUCAAGUUUUGGGUUUCUUGCUUAUUUGUAUGCAUUGAAGGGUCUUGAAGAAAAGAUAGUUGAGUUAGAAGGUUUGAUGCGUGGGUUUGGUUUUUCAAGCAAAAAGGUAAUUUACAGUUAUCUGAUUAAUGCAUAUGUCAAGUCUGGCAAUUUGGAAUAUGUGUCCAGGACCAUUUUUCGGAGUUUGAGAGAAGACGAUGAACAAGGUCCAAACUUUAGCGAAGAAACUUAUUGUGAAGUGGUAAAAGGGUUUUUGCAAAAUGGCAGUAUUAAGGAUUUAGCAAGUUUGAUAAUUGAAACUCAAAAGUUGGAGCCCUCAUCAAUUGCGGUUGAUAGAUCUAUUGGAUAUGGUAUUAUUAGUGCUUGUGUUAGUCUUGGAUUCUUAGAUAAGGCACAUAGUAUUCUUGAUGAAAUGAAUGUUCAGGGAGUUUCUGUUGGGCUUGGGGUCUAUGUGUCAAUACUGAAGGCCUUCUGCAAAGAGCAUCGAACUGCUGAAGCUGCUCAAUUGGUCACGGAAAUCAGCAGUUUGGGCCUUCAGUUGGAUGCUGGCAGUUAUGAUGCUUUGAUUGAAGCAUCAAUGUCAAGCCAAGAUUUUCAGUCGGCAUUUUCUUUGUUUAGAGACAUGAGGGAAGCAAGAGUACCUGAUAUGAAGGGGAGUUAUCUCACGAUGAUGACAGGUUUAACAGAGAAUCACCGGCCUGAAUUAAUGGCUGCCUUCUUAGAUGAGAUUGUUGAGGACCCGCGAGUUGAAGUGGGUACCCAUGACUGGAAUUCAAUUAUUCAUGCCUUUUGUAAGGUUGGGCGAUUAGAAGAUGCAAGGAGGACUUUCAGAAGGAUGAUCUUUCUACAGUUUGAACCAAAUGAUCAAACCUAUUUGUCCCUUAUUAAUGGAUAUGCAAGUGCAGAGAAAUAUUUUAGUGUUUUAAUGCUGUGGAAUGAGGUCAAGAGAAGGAUUUCAAUUGAUGGAGAGAAGGGGGUCAAAUUUGAUCACAACUUGGUUGAUGCAUUCCUGUAUGCUCUAGUUAAAGGGGGCUUUUUCGAUGCCGUGAUGCAGGUUGUGGAGAAAUCUCAGGAGAUGAAGAUCUUUGUAGAUAAGUGGAGGUACAAGCAAGCAUUCAUGGAGGUGCAUAAGAAGCUCAAAGUGGCAAAGGUGAGGAAGAGAAACUUCAGGAAAAUGGAAGCGCUUAUUGCUUUCAAGAAUUGGGCUGGUCUGAAUGCAUAAGAUUGCAAUUGCUUGAUGCUUGUUUUGUGCACUGGAGCUUAUGCUUACAACUCUGGAUGCGUGAAAUGGAAGUUGAGAAGAUGGAAACAACAAUAGUUGCUUUUCAAAAUUGGUAUAUGUGAUAACUUCACAAGCUGCUGAUUGUUUGUUCACUAGGACUCACCUUUAUGCUAUAGAGCUUGGUGCCUGCUGGAGGACAAUUCAAAAUGGAAAUUGGGAAACGGGAACUUCAGGAAAAUGGAAACACUUAUUGCUUUCAAGGAUUGAACUGGGUUGUCAGGAGCUCUGAAACUGCUGAUUCUAUUUUGGUUACAAGGCUUUCAGUGACAAUACAAAGAUUAAUGCUUGCCUGGAACCUCAAAAUGGAGAACUCUGGAAGCUUUAGCUUGGACAGGGCCAGCCCAUUCACUAUAAUGGCGGAUGAUGUAUUUGUCUUGCUUGGUUGCUCCACAACCUCUCCAGUGUUUGAUCUAAAUGAAGAUUUAUGUGAUACAGGUUCAGGUUCUCAUGCAUGCAGAGGGCUCUAUUCUUGCAAAGGGGUGACUGGGAUUGGCUUGGACCCCAAUGCACCGACUUCUACUUGUUGUGUUUACAACUCCCUGGAUGGGGUUGGGUCUGGUUAUGGGCUGGAUCUUCCAAAGCUACAAUGCUCAUCCUAUGCAUCGAUAUAUGGGCUUGGCGAUGAUGAGGGGGACCCAAUGAAAUGGAAAUUUGGGAUUUCUUUGCAAUAUAAUAGCUCAGAUUCUGAUGCUUGCAAGGAUUGUGAAGCAAGUGGGGGCUUGUGUGGCUUCACUGGUUUGGAUGAGUCAUUUGCUUGUAUUUGUCAGAAUGGGGUGAACACCACCACCAACUGCUUUGGACGAGGGUAUGCUUGGAGUGGAACAUGGGGACCCAAAAUUCAAACCAAGAUGAGUAUUGCAGGACUUCUGCUCUGGUGGAUGGUGUUCUCUGUUUGAAGUGGGUUACACAAAACAUGAAUGAAAUUUUUCGACAAAUUGUUCUUUUGGUAGUGGGUAAAAAGAAGAAGAUCCGAGUACUGCAAUUCAUGUUCUUUCUUAUGUAUCAUUUUUCCUUCUUUGGGUUAGAGCUUUGAGAUGGAUAGAUAGACAAGGUAGUGUUUUUGGUUUGGCAGCUUCAUUGUAAUAUCUUAUUAUGCGACUGCUGUGGAAGAUCAAUUCCGUAGGUGCCUCUUUUGGAUUUUA